CAUUUCACCCAGGUAUAUCAUGGGCUUAAACGUUUGAUGAAUGUUGUACGUGGGUGAUGAAUCAUCCACACUUCUCUCGACUCGUCAACCUGUUAUGGCCCGAGAGAGCACCCAAGACAAGAAAACUGUUGCCUUGGAAAAGUACAGGCCAUAUAAUUCAAGUAUUGGGGAGUUUAUACAAACUCUGAUAUCUCAGGAAGCACUAGAACCCAACAUUAAUUUUUCUUCCAUCAUGUCAAAGAUGGGAGUCCCAGCUUCAUCAGUUUUGUUUCUCUGCGUUGUUUACAACAUUGGAUGUUUGCUACAAGCAGCUCAAGUAAUAGCAGCCACAGAUCCUGUUGAAGUUGCUGUAAUAAAGUCACUUUCUGAGAAGUGGAAUAUUGAUGAAUCUGCAUCGUGGAACCUCACAGACCCAUGCUUUGGCCCAGCCAAUACCAAUGCAACGAUUGAUAAUCCUGGCAUCAAGUGUAACUGCACAAAAAAAAAGGGAACCAUCUGCCAUGUUAGACAAAUUAAGGUCUCUAUGUUGGACAAAACGGGAGAGCUUCCGGAAGUACUGGCUAAUCUGACUUACCUCAACGAUCUGAACCUUUAUCGGAACUAUUUUAGCGGUCGCAUUCCUGCUUUCUUGGGGAACCUCACCAACUUGCAACACUUGUCCCUUGGCACUAAUAACUUUUUGGGUCCUGUACCAAAGGAGCUUGGAAAGCUUCGGAAGCUGAUAGAAUUGAGAAUUUCGUCAACCAAUCUUAAUGGAACAUUACCGCCAGAGUUUGGUAAUUUGACUCGGUUAGAAAACCUGUAUAUUGAUAGUGCCGGAUUAACUGGAGAGAUUCCAAGCACUUUCAGAAAUCUACAGAAGUUGAAGAUUGUAUCGGCAUCUGACAAUCUAUUUACAGGUGCGAUACCUGAUUUCAUUGGAAACUGGACCGAUCUAAAUGAAUUGAAGAUUCAAGGAACUACUCUCGAGGGUCCAAUUCCUUCAAGCUUCUCCAACUUAACCUCUUUGAGAAAACUGAUAAUAAGUGACUUAACUUUGGGUGUCAUGUCAUUCAAAUUCUUACAAGGCUUGAAGAAUUUAAAUCAACUAAUCCUGAGAAACAACAAGAUUUCUGGUGAAAUUCCUUCAUUUGUUGGGGAAUUGAGUAAAUUGCAUUACUUGGAUUUGAGUUUUAAUAAUUUUACAGGAGAGUUUCCUACUUCACUUCAAAAUUUGAAGUCUUUGAGAUACUUGUUUCUUGGAAAUAAUAAUCUAUCUGGGAGGCUUCCUUCACAAUUGAGUUCAUCUCUUAUGUACAUAGAUCUAUCUUACAAUCAAUUUUCAGGAACUCUUCCAGCUUGGUCAAAUGGCACAAAUUUGAAAAUAAAUUUGGUUGGAAAUUACUUGCAAAUAAAUGUGACAAAUAAUAGACUUUCCUCAAGUGGACUGGCUUGCCUCCAACGAACUUUUCCUUGCAAUAAACAAGAUCCACGCUAUUCUCAGUUUGCAAUAAAUUGUGGCGGUUCACAAAUUACUUCUCAGUUAGGAAUUGAUUAUGAAAGUGAUAACGAAACACUUGAUGCUGCUUCAUUUUCUGUAAGUGAUACACAAAAUUGGGGAGUCAGCAAUACUGGAAAUUUUCUUGACAAUGAAGCAGAGAGUUUUACACAGUCCAGUCUAUCCCAAUUUACAAAAACAUUAAAUACAGAACUCUACCAAACAGCACGCCUGUCUCCCGGUUCACUGAGGUACUUUGGUUUAGGGCUUCAAAAUGGACGAUAUACAGUUGAACUACAGUUUGCUGAAUUAGAAUUUACAGAUGUAGAAAGCUGGAAGAAUCUUGGAAAACGCAUUUUUGACGUUUAUGUUCAGGGGAAUAAAGUAUUAUCGAAUUUCAACAUCCAAAAGCUGGCAGGAGGUUCAUUUAUAGCAGUUGAUCGAAAUUUCAGCACAAGUGUGACAGAAAAUUUCCUUGAAAUUCAUCUUUUCUGGGCUGGGAAGGGAACAUGCUGUGUUACAAAAGAUGGAACCUAUGGACCUUUAAUAUCAGCCAUAAGUGUCACACCUGAAUUCAAGCCAGCUGUUUCAGAUCUUCCACAUUCGGACACCCAUCCAAAGAAAAUGAAGACUGGAGCAGUGAUUGGAAUUGUUUUCGGUGGAAUGGUUGCUGUUUUGAUAUGUCUUAUUUUUAUCAUUUUCUGGCGGAAAUCCUUAGAAGCACGUGGUCAGGAACAAGAAGCACUUAAAGGACUCCACACAAAACCAAACAUUUUCAGCUAUGCUGACAUAAAGAAUGCAACAAGUAAUUUUCAUGAAGAAAAUAAGCUGGGUCAGGGAGGAUUUGGUGUAGUUCAUAAGGGUAUCCUUCCAGAUGGUAAAUUAAUAGCAGUGAAGCAACUGUCAGCUGAAUCCAAGCAAGGAAAACGCGAGUUUUUAAAUGAAGUAGCUGUAAUAUCUGCAGUGCAACAUAGGAACCUUGUUAAAUUGCAUGGAUGCUGUGUAGAAGGAGAACAUCGUAUUCUGGUCUACGAACUUCUGGAAAACAACAGUCUUGAACAAGCUUUAUUUGGCAAUGAAAGAUCUGAAAUCCACUUGGACUGGCCUACUCGGCACAACAUUUGCAUUAAUACUGCACGUGGGCUUGCUUACCUUCAUGAGGAAUCCAGUGUCCGAAUAGUGCAUCGGGACAUCAAACCCAGUAACAUCCUGUUGGAUGACUCUCUUAACCCUAAGAUUGCAGAUUUUGGGUUGGCUAAGCUAUUUGAUGAAUCCAAAAGUCAUUUCAGUACCAGAGUUGCUGGCACGAUAGGAUAUCUGGCUCCGGAGUAUGCAAUGCGAGGUCACCUCACAGAAAAAGCUGAUGUUUUCAGCUUUGGAGUUGUUGCCUUAGAAGUGGUGAGCGGGAGAAGCAAUACAGACACAACCUUGCCACAAAACAGUGUCUAUCUUCUGGAAUGGGCUUGGCAAUUGCAUGAGCAGAAUAGCCUGCUAGAAUUGAUGGAUCCUGAACUAAGACCAACAUGCAUAGAAGAAGAAGUCCUCAGACUAAUUGCAGUAGCCCUUCUUUGUACACAAGCUUUGCCUGCAAUGCGUCCACCCAUGUCUCGAGUGGUAGCAAUGCUGACUGGUGAUGUAGAAGAAAUUCCUAUUGUUUCUCGCCCUGGUUACAUCACAGAUUGGCAGUACAACAACUAUAUAGCAGCUCAAAGUACUGAAAUCGCAUUUACUGUAUCAACACCACAGCAGAGAAGCACAGAAAUUAUCCUGCCCGCUGCAUUGUUCUCAACUGAAAAUGAAGAUAUGAGUCCAUCAAUGAUCCGCAAGGCUUUAGAUGAUGGCCUAUGAUUACUGAACUCAUGAAACAACAUACAUACCUUGUCCCCACAUACGUAGCAGUAGUCUUAUUUUUUAAUUUUAAAUUUGACAGAUAUUUACAGGUUAA